CUCUCGCGCAGCGCGCAGCGGCAGGUGCCCCGUGACGUCACCACGGCGCUUAGUUACUCCACCAAAGAUUUACCGACAAUACAACAGCAGGACAAGUAAGAGAUUGAGAUGAACGCUGCAGAGCAGUGAAACAGCUCGAGAACGUUUCACACGGUUUUCAGACACAUGAUCGCGAAGUGAAAAGAUGGGCCGAAAGAAACAGGAGGAAGAGCAAAACAACCCCGAGUAUGGUGAACCAACUCAGUUUGACCCCACAUUCACCGGCCCCAUUCACAACAGGAGCUGUACAGACAUCAUAUGCUGCUUUCUGUUCAUGCUGGUCAUCGCCGGUUACAUUGUGGUAGGAAUUCUGGCCUGGCUGUAUGGAGAUCCUCGACAUGUGCUGUAUCCCAGGAACUCCACGGGAAUGUUCUGUGGAAUCGGACAGAACAAGGACAAACCCAACGUCAUGUACUUCGACAUCAUCAAAUGUGCCACAGCGACAAACGUCAUGGCUGCAGCUCUGCAGGGUCUCCAGUGUCCCACCACACAGGUGUGUGUGAAGUCGUGUCCGUCAGAGUUCUGGAUUUUGUCUCCUCUCGCCCACUCACCAAGCGCAAACCCAGCCAAUUAUUUCAAACAGGAGUACUGCGUCCCAUCCUUCCAGCUGCAAGGCACUCGAUAUUCGGCUAUGGACAUUGUAAAUAAAGAGUUGUGUCCUUUUUUCUACAUGCCAACAACCUCUGUGCUGGGCCGGUGUUUGCCCAGUUUGGGAGGAAAUGCGUAUAAUCCCAGUAACAUUCCCACAAACUUCACUCUUCCUGGAUUGGAUGCAAAUCAGACUUUGGCAGCGAUCAGGAAUGCCACAGGGUAAAUACACACACACACACACACACACACACACACACACACUAAUAAACUUAAAAUAUCAAUACUUGUUAUGCACUAAAAAUCCUGAUUUACACACUAGUAGUCGACUGAGUCGUGGCAAUGGAUCGUAGCUGGUCUGGUGAUUGCGAUGGUGGUUAGCUUUCUCUUCCUGCUGCUGCUGCGUUUCACAGCGCCGGUUCUCAUCUGGGUUCUCAUCAUCGGGGUUCUGGCGGUCGGCGCCUUCGGUAUCUGGUACUGUUAUAAUGAGUACAUGUCUCUGACGACCUCUACCCUGACCUUCAAUAACGUGGGUUUCACCACUAAUGUGCAGGUCUAUCUGCAGGUGCGAGACACCUGGCUGGCCUUCUUGAUUAUUCUGAGUAUCGUCGAGGCCAUUCUGCUGCUGGCGUUGAUCUUCCUGAGGACUCGUAUUCUCAUCGCCAUUGCUCUUAUUCAGGAGACCAGCAAGGCGUUGGGUCACAUGAUGUCGACACUUUUCUAUCCCAUCGUCACGUUUGUGCUGCUGUUGGUGUGUGUGUCGUACUGGGGAAUCACAGCGCUAUAUCUGGCCACAUCAGGCGCUCCUAUCUACAAGGUCGUGGCGAUGAACACAACACAGGGCGACUGCAGCGUCAUACGAGCCAACGAGACCUGCGACCCGGAGAUGUUCAACACUACGCAGUAUCCCACGUGUCCAUCGGCGCGCUGUGUCUUCAUUAACUAUAACACGGAGGGUUUGUUCCAGAAGAACCUCUUUAACCUGCAGAUCUAUAACGUGAUUGCGUUCCUGUGGUGUGUGAACUUCGUCAUCGCUCUGGGUCACUGUACGCUUGCCGGCGCCUUCGCUUCAUAUUACUGGGCCUUCAGCAAACCGGCAGAUAUCCCAACAUUCCCUCUGAUCCAGUCCUUCAUGAGAGCGCUGCGCCAUAUGAAAGAGUCCGUCAGAGCUGAUCCAUCAGAGGCUCAGAACCCAUGCACGCGCUUCAUCAUGUGUUGCCUCAAAUGCUGCUUCUGGUGUCUGGAGAAAUUCAUCAAGUUCAUCAACAGGAACGCUUACAUCAUGAUCGCCAUAUACGGGAAGAAUUUCUGUGUGUCCGCUAUGAAUGCUUUCUCUCUGCUCAUGAGGAACAUUAUAAGGGUGGUGGUGCUGGAUAAAGUGACGGAUCUGCUGCUGUUCUUCGGGAAGCUGCUGGUGGUCGGUGGAGUUGGUGUGCUGGCCUUCUUCUUCUUCUCCGGCAGGAUUCAGACUCCAGGAACCACGUUUGAAACGGCGGCGCUCAACUACUACUGGAUGCCCAUCAUAACGGUGGUGUUCGGUGCGUAUCUGAUCGCUCACGGCUUCUUCAGUGUGUAUAACAUGGGUGUGGACACACUCUUCCUGUGUUUCUUGGAGGAUCUGGAGCGUAAUGAUGGCAGUCCACAGAAACCCUACUUCAUGUCCAAGAACCUGAUGAAGAUCCUCAACAAGAAGAACAAACCGGCCAAGACGGGCUGAUGAAGAUGAUAAUGAUGAAGAUGACGAGGGUUUCUGACUUCAUACUCUCAAGCACUGUCACUUUCAAUCGAAGUGAAUCCAUGUACAGACCCUUUUAAACAUCGAUACUGAGAUUCAAUUUUUCAACAGAAACCAGUUAAUGUAACUCAUUAAUCAAAACCACCAAAGGUUAAGGACCACAUCCUUACCCUGGAACUGUUUUACUGAAAAUGUGCCAGUGCAUUUUUUUGGUUUUAUUCAAGGCAAAUGCAAGAAACUUGGAUGAAGAUGUCUGUGAGCCAAAGCAUUUAUUAUUAGCCAUUAUUAUCUUUACAUAUUAAUAUAUUCAGUUUCUGAUUUUAAUAUAAGAUGUGCACAGUGAAGCUAUAUCGCACAUACAAUUGACUGCUUUUGAUGCAGAUUAAUAACUAACGUUCUGUUCUUCCAAAACUGCUGAACAUUUUUUUUCCACUUUGUAAUAGAGAAUAAAAUACAAUAAAUGACAGAAUAUCUGACACUCCAUAAGCAUGAAUGAAAGCCUUACUUUUGAAUGUUUUUAUGGUUGCAGUAGUGCACGCUGCUUUCACAUGUAAACACUGUUUUUAUAUGAUUUGUAUUUGGUUCUGUGUGAUUUAAUGUAAACUGGAACUAAACAGAGAAUAUUUAUUUAAAGAUAUAU